AUGGGAAGAGCUCCUUGCUGUGACAAGACCAAAGUGAAAAAAGGUGCAUGGUCUCCUGAAGAAGAUGCAACUCUCAAGAACUACCUUCACAAACAUGGCACUGGUGGCAACUGGAUAACCUUGCCUGCCAAAGCUCGCCUUAACCGUUGUGGGAAAAGUUGUCGCUUGAGAUGGCUCAAUUACCUUCGACCCGACAUCAAACAUGGAGAUUUUACAGAAGAGGAAAACAACAUUAUUUGUGACCUCUACAAUAAAUUAGGCAGCAGGUGGUCUGUCAUAGCUUCUCAACUACCAGGAAGGACAGACAAUGAUGUGAAGAAUCAUUGGAACACCAAAUUGAAGAAGAAACUGUUGGCUACCAAAAUCAACCUAACAACCAACAACAUGAACAACAAUCCUACCACUCUUCAUAAAAACCCGAAAAUCGAAGCACACAGUCCAAGUUUUUCAUCCAUGUUAACUCAGAUUUCUCCAAUAAUACCAGCCUAUACUCAAAGCAUUGAUCAUGACCCAAUUGAUCACUUCUUGCUGCCAGAACUCACCAAAUUCUCCCAAUUUAAUGCAAGUGCAAAGGAGAGUGCUACGUACAGCAUUUCGUCGUCGCAAGAAGAAGCUUCAAGCGUUUUGAAUUCUUCUUCAUUUCGUACGGAUGAUCACAAUUUCGCGUCGCGGUCUGCAAAUGGUUGUGAGGAAAAUGAUGGGUUUUCAAUGGAUUUCGGCACCGGAUUUUCCUAUGAUCUGAUCGAUGGCAUUUGGCCUCAUGAAGAGAUGUUAAGUGAAGUUGGAGUUGGAAGUUCUCAUGCAUGCCUUUAG